AGCUGUGAACAGCAGCAGCAGCAGUCCAAGCAGCAGACUUCAAAGGAAACUUUCUGCUCUGCACAGCGUAGCUAUUAGUAGUAUAAGAGUGUAUAAGAGGCGAGCAUAAUUUCAAAUAUACAUAUGUAUAUGCUUCUAGUGACAAAAUCAAUUGUGUAAAAUAUUAUUUUGUUUAUUAAUGUAAUAAAAGCGCAAUAACAACCGAAUCAGCGGGCAAAGGUGCCGACAAGCACAAACACGCAAGCUGCGAAAGCUGUGCGCCAAAUCAAUUUACGGCGCACAACGUAACGCGAAAAUCGAUUUCAGUUUUCGUCUGCUGUUUUGCCAGCAGCUGCUGCUCAAGUGCAAAAUGCAGACACACACGGCCCCAGUGAGGAGGCCCCAGGUGGAUCGCUGCUGGUGGCACAGCUCGCUGCGGCUGCUCACGGUCUGUGCCCUCAUCGCUGGCUGCAGUGCGGCCGACACGGACAUAACGCUCGAUGCGAAAGCGACGCUCAAUCAUCGCAUACAAAGUCUCGAUUUGCUGGUAUUUGUAUUCCUGCUGGCCCUAACUGUGCUAACCAUUUGGCUAUUCAAGCAUCAUCGCGUUUCCUGGCUGCAUGAGACCGGAUUGGCUGUUAUUUAUGGCUUAAUUGUUGGUGCCAUCAUACGAUAUGCUGGCACAAAUACCACGCUGGUGCACAUGCAGGUGGAGCCGCAGGGUAUACCCACAUAUAAUGCCAAGUUGCCACCGGACACGCUGUGGUUUAAGUAUCCGGUUAAUCAGACAAACGCCACAAAGCUGCCCGAGGGCGUGAAGACAUAUGCUUACGUGUUUCGUGGACAGGUCUACGAUAUCGAGGAGAAUGAAAUUGAUUUGAAGGCCACAUUCGAUCCGGAGGUCUUCUUCAAUAUCAUCUUACCGCCCAUUAUAUUCUAUGCUGGCUACAGCUUGAAAAAGAAAUACUUUUUCCGCAAUUUGGGCGCCAUUCUGACUUUUGCCAUUGUGGGCACCACCUUGUCGGCGUUCCUAAUCGGUGGCGUGAUGUACGGCUGUGUUAAGCUGAUGCCAAAUUACUUGAGCAGCAGUUUCACAUUUCUGGACACACUGUAUUUCGGGGCACUGAUAUCGCCCACAGAUCCGCUCACCAUACUGGCCAUAUUCCAUGAUCUGCACGUCGAUGUUAAUCUCUAUGCGCUUGUAUUUGGCGAAUCCGUUCUGAACGAUGCCGUUGCCAUUGUCUUGAGCGGUGCCAUACAAAACUACGGCGAGCAUUAUUCGAAUACUGGAGAAUUUGAGACGACGGCGUUUCUUCGCUCGCUGAGCGACUUUUUCUGUAUCUUCUUCUUGUCGCUGCUAAUUGGCGCCGUCAUGGGCUGUUUUACAGCAUUGUUGACCAAGUUUACGCGCGUUCGUGAUUUCCCGCUGCUGGAGUCGGCGCUGUUUGUGCUCAUGAGCUACAGCACAUUUCUGCUGGCCGAGGCCACGGAGUUGACCGGCGUGGUGGCCGUAUUGUUUUGUGGCAUCUGCCAGGCUCACUACACCUACAACAAUUUGUCCGAGGACUCGCGACAGCGCACCAAACAGAUCUUUGAGCUGCUCAACUUUCUGGCCGAGAACUUUAUAUUCUCGUACAUUGGCGUCUCGAUGUUUACAUUUCCCAAACAUCAUUUCGAUGCUGGCUUCAUAAUAACCGCUUUUAUUUGCGCCGCAUUGGGACGUGCUGUCAAUGUCUAUCCUUUGUCCUGGCUGCUGAACAUUAAACGCAAACCAAAAAUCUCAUCUAAUUUCCAGCACAUGCUAUUCUUUGCUGGUUUACGUGGCGCCAUGUCCUUUGCCUUGGCCAUUCGAAAUACUGUGUCCGAUGCGCGCCAGACCAUGUUGACAGCCACAUCGCUAAUUGUCAUCUUUACGGUCAUUAUACAGGGCGGCGCGGCUAACUUUUUUCUCAACUGGUUGAAAAUACCCGUUGGCGUCGAUGAUGAGACUGAACAAUUGAAUAACUACCAGGUUCACAGUGUUUACAAUUCCAUGGAUAAUUCACAUUCGGCUCCGUCUGAUGGCUAUUUGCAGGACGUGGAGGGCGGCGCCGGCGCUGGGCGUGGCAAGACACGACUUUCAAGUGGCGCCGACUCGAAUCUGGAUACGCCGCUGGAUGGCAAUGCGGCGACUGCAACAAUAGCAGCUGGCGGCCGGCGACGCAACAGCCAUGAGAAGGCAAUUCUGGCGCGGAUUUGGGGCAACUUUGACACCAAAUAUAUGAAGCCGCUGCUGACGCACUCCAGGCCCACGCUGCUGGAGACGCUGCCGGUUUGUUGUAAUCCCAUUGCCAGACUGUUGACCACCACGCAGCAGCUGACGCAGGAUGGCAGCGAGUUUCGACGAGUCGACUCCGACUCGGAUAUUUGCAUUGACAACGAUACUGGCUCGAAUGGGCUCAGCCAGGAUGGCCUCGGCGUAGGGCGUCGCAACUCGAUAAAUCGUAAAUCUUGAAUGAAGCACCAAACCAAAGACUAAUACCAUGUAGAAAGAGCAACUAACCAAACCAAACCAAACCAAACCAAUAACAAAACAAAAAAAAACCGAAGAACAACAAUAUCUAACUAGAUAUUUUGGCCAAGUAGACGCAUUGUUAUAAGCGAGAUUUAUAUCGAAACUUAUACAACCAACUGCAACAAUUACUUACUAUGCAUAAAAAUAUAUACAUAUAUAUAUAUAUUUAUUUAUAUGUAUGUAUUGCUUAUGUAGCAUAACAAAAUUGUGAUUCGUUAACUUUUUAAUUAUAAUGAUUUAACUGUUAAUUUUGUACAAACAACUAAACAAGAAACGUUUUAAGA